GAUCGGGUCCUUAGCCUACCAACCGACCACUCCACUCUAGUUCUCACCAUCACUCUCUAAUUCGUGCUCACACAAUAAGCCAAGAUGCCUGCCCUUCAACCAAGAGAUGUUCGGUGAGUUUGCGCCACCCUAGCUAUUUGUCUUGCGGUCUUGCUUGUUUCCUUUAUAUGCCCUUUUGUCCUUCACGUCAUGCAACGCUUACCUCACGAUUCUCUCUACAUCACUACUCUACCGCCAUUUGUCUACCAUCAUUCUUCUCUCAAUUUGUCCUUCAACGCCUAGAAUUCAUCUCGCGGUUCCCUUUCAUCAUCUAACAUACAAUGGCUAGGUGCUAUUACGACAGUUAUACCGGCCGCCGCCAAUGUUAUCGCAGCGCAUGGAAUGACUGGGUUCGUUGGGUUGUUCUCGCUGUCAUAAUAGUUGGAUUCUUCCUGCUAUUCAUGCUCUGCUCAUGCAUUACUGCCCGUCGCCGACGCAAAGCAGGUCGCCAACCCUUCUAUGGAACUGGGUGGGCGGCGCGACCUUACAACGGCACCAACAAUGCGCAACCCUACUACAACAACCAGUACAACCAGAACCAGCCAGCACCACCGUACUCCCAGCAACCCCAAAACAACGGCUACUACGGCGCAAACCAAGGUUACUAUGGCCAGCAGCAGUAUGGCCAGCAACCGUACGGCCAGCAGAAUGGUGUCGAACUUCAACAGCCACAAGCCACAUACAACCGCGGAGGCGACAACGAAUACGCUCCCCCGGCUGGCCCACCUCCCGGCAAAGGUGACGGCAUCAUCCGAUAGAGCGCAUUUGGGUCCUUGUCGGAUUCAUGCAUCGGCAUGACUCGAUGUACCGAAACGAGCAAAUGAUGGUCGCGGAGUCUAGAGAGCAAACGGCGUUCGUUUCAUGUUUCAUACGUUAUCGAUCUUUUUUUCGGGGUAGGGCUUAGGCUUGGGCUGUACAUUGUCAUUGGAUUUUUUUUU